AUGUCUUUCACGUUGCUUUGUUCGUUUAUAUUAGCAUUUUACGUUGUAAUAUGGUUUUUCGACUCAUUUUUCAAGAGUUGUAUGCACUAUCCUUAUUACGCGUUUCUGGAAGGAACCGGAUUGAAAGUCGGGAUUUUUAAUUUUACUUGGACAACAUGCGCUUUCAACAGGUUUCUGUACAGAUGGAGUAAAAACUUGAACCGCGUACUGCGGAAAUGGUACACAUGUGGCUAUGUAGUCACAGUCUGGCUAUUCCUUCCAUUUGCUGUUUGGACACUAUUUUCAUUCAUAUUGCAACAUGUUUCUCAGACUAUACAAAUCAGUAAUGUGCCAGAAGUUAAGGCAAUGUUACCCGGUGUGAAUAUUCCAGCAUCAGACUUUGGGGUGUAUUUAUUAGCUAUAGGUUUUAGUACUGUUUUACAUGAACUAGGACAUGCAUUGGCUGCUGCUCAAGAAGAUGUGCAAAUUAUAUCUGUAGGAGUAUAUGUGUUUACCAUGAUACCAAUAGCAUUUGUUCAGUUAAAUGUAGAACAUUUGAAUAGCCUGACUAUAACUAAAAGACUGAAGAUAUAUUGUGCAGGUAUAUGGCACAAUAUUACUGCAGCAUUUGUUGCUUUAUUACUAUUUUUUUCAGCACCAAUUUUGUUCAACAUAGCAUAUGAAACUGGUCUUGGUGUAAGGAUUUCAGAUUUCACUCAUGAUUCACCAUUGAAAGAUGUCAGAGGUCUGGAAAAAGGUGAUAUUGUGACAUUUAUAAAUAGUUGUGAAAUCAGAAACGCACACGAGUGGAACUAUUGCCUGCAUAUGGCACAUAUUAGAUAUGGGAUUUGUACCACAGCAGAAUUUGUGGCUCAAAAUGAUGAAAUUAUGAUGGAAACAAUUAAAGAGAAUGAUGUAGUUGAGUGCUGCAGCAAAGAUGAUCUGUACAGCUUUUGUUUUGAGUAUAUAGAACCCAAGACAGUUUCUGACUCAGUGUUGCCAGGCCAGUAUUCAUGUUUGAAACCAAGAGAUAUGGUCAAAGAAAAAUUUACAAAAUGUACAGAAAUUGGUGGCUAUUCAUGCCCUAGAGGCACUCAUUGCCUAAAACCUUCAUUAAAUAACCACACAUAUCUCAUAAUUAUACAGAGAGAAAAUAAACAUGCUGUCUUAUAUUUAGGGUUGCCAUAUGACUUGCAUAAGACUGUUUUCAUUGACCAGUAUUUUCCCAGAUUAGGUCUAUUUUCAUUUUUCUCACCAGCACAGUUUGAGAAGUUAUUAAGAUAUAUAGUUUUAUUUUCUUUAGGCAUAGCCUUUAUAAAUGUGAUACCUUGUUAUGGUAUGGACGGUCACCAUAUAGCAAGGAGUUUAAUUCAAUUAUUGGCCAAACAUUUAAAUAAAAAUGGUGAUUUUAUAACAUUUUUCACAGUAUUUACAGUAGUUGUUGGCACUGGAGUGACAGUACCUGUUUUUAUUUAUUUAUUUUAUAAAGCUAUUUCUGAGGGUGACUAA